AUGAAUGACGAUCACAUGGUCCCAGGAUCUCCAGUGACUGAUAAGAAAGCCAUGGUCUUGGCCAUCAUUUCAUUAUUUUUGUGCCUGGUGGCGGUGCUGUGCAAUGGCUUCAUCACUGCAGUGCUGGGCAGGGAGCGGUUGCUACGGAGAACACUGUUGCCUUGUGACAAGUUAUUGGUCAGCCUGGCGGCCUCUCGCUUCUGUCUGCAGUGGGUGGUGUUGUGUAAGACCAUUUACAUUUUACUGCAUACAGCGGUCUUCCCAUACAGCCCUGUACUCCUGUUUCUAACCUUCCUGUGGGACUUCCUGAACACUGUCAACUUAUGGCUCUCCACCUGGCUCAGUGUCUUCUACUGUGUGAAAAUUGCAACCUUCACCCACCCUGUCUUCCUCUGGCUAAAGCGCAAGUUGUCUGGGUGGGUACCAUGGAUGCUGCUCAGUUCUGUGGGGUUCUCCAGUUUGAGCACCAUCCUAAUUUUCUUAGGUAACCAGAGAAUAUAUCAGAACUAUUUAAGGAGCAGUCUGCCACCAUGGAAUGUCACCGGGACUAGCAUAAGGAGGUCAUAUGAGAAAUUCUAUCUCUUUCCCCUGAAAAUGGUUACUUGGACAGUCCCUACUGCUUUCUUUCUCAUCUGCAUGACUUUGCUCAUCACAUCUCUGGGAAGACACAUGAAGAAUGCCCUCUUGACCAUCUCAGGAUUUCGAGAGCCUAGUGCCCAGGCACACAUCAAGGCUCUGCUGGCUCUCAUCUCUUUUGCCAUCCUCUUCAUCUCCUAUUUCCUGUCCCUGGUGCUCAGUGCCACACGUGUUCUUCCAUCUCAGGCUCUUAGGUUCUGGGUGUGGCAAAUAGUGAUUUACCUGUGUGCAGCAGUCCACCCUAUCAUUCUGAUCUUCAGCAACUCCAGGCUGAGAGCCGUGCUGGGGAGGUACUGUUCCUCAAGGUGCAGGGCAUCUUGA